AUGGCAACGACGAGUUUGACGGUGGCCGCUGCCGUCUUUCUGUUGUACGGUUGCACGGUCGUCACCGGGAUCACGGCGGGAUUAACGAUCGACACAAGCAAGCCAACUUUUACUGUUGAUUACGAACGAAAUGAGUUCCUAAAAGACGGUCAAGUUUUUCGAUAUGUCUCCGGUUCGUUACACUAUUUUAGAGUUCCUAAACCUUAUUGGAAGGAUAGAAUUCAAAAAAUGAAAGCAGCUGGUUUAAAUGCCAUAUCAACUUAUGUGGAAUGGAGUUUACAUGAACCAUAUCCAGGCUUAUACAACUUUGAUGAUAUAGCCGAUUUAGAGUAUUUUUUGCAGUUAGUUAAAGAUGAGGGCAUGUAUUUGUUGCUCAGACCAGGACCAUAUAUUUGCGCUGAAAGAGAUUUUGGCGGAUUUCCAUUUUGGUUAUUGAACGAGGUGCCUAAAAAACGUUUGAGAACUAAUGAUCCAAGUUAUAAACAUUACGUUACCAAAUGGUUUAAUGUUCUUCUGCCCAAAAUUGACCGAUUUUUGUAUGGGAAUGGUGGAAACAUAAUUAUGGUUCAGGUGGAGAAUGAAUACGGUAGCUACAAUGCCUGCGACCAAGAGUAUAUGUUGUGGUUACGAGAUUUGUACAAAAGUUACAUUGGAUAUAAAGCUUUACUGUACACAACUGAUGGAUGUGGAUAUUCUUAUUUUACAUGUGGUGCUAUACCUGACGUCUACGCAACUGUGGAUUUUGGAGCCUCGAUUAAAGAUGCUUCCCAAUGUUUUAAAUAUAUGAGAACAACACAAAAGAGAGGGCCACUAGUGAACUCCGAAUAUUAUGCUGGUUGGUUAUCGCAUUGGCGUGAACCAUCGCCUGUCGUCAGUAGUUACGAAGUUGUGGAAACUAUGAAAGACAUGCUAGCUUUGAAUGCAUCGAUCAAUUUCUAUAUGUUCCACGGAGGUACAAAUUUUGGGUUUACUUCUGGUGCCAACAAAUACGAGAGUUUAAAAAAUCCAGAAUAUUUGCCUCAAUUAACCUCAUAUGAUUACAAUUCUCCUCUAGACGAAGCCGGAGAUCCAACCGAAAAGUACUUUAAAAUUAAGAAAUUACUCGAAGAAACUAAAUUUAUAGUGUCAAAUGAAAUAUCACCCGUUGCAGCACCUAAAGGUAAUUAUGGAACAUUCAUAAUGCAGCCAUUGGUUAGUCUUUUUGAAAAAGUCACGCAACGGAUUAAACCAGUAGAAAACGAUGUUCCUCUUGGGUUCGAAAUCAUGGGUUUGAACUCGGGAUUUGUUAUGUACGAAACUAUUUUGACUGACGAACAAAAAGACGGCACAGCUUCUGUAAACCUUACUAUUAGCACAAUCAGAGAUCAAGCAACCAUCUUUUUGGACCAGGUACAAAUGAAAGUUAUACCUCGUAAAUACGAAAAUACACCUAUUAGUUUAAAUAUAAAUAGUACUGUUCAAAAGCUAAGCAUUCUAAUAGAAAAUCAAGGAAGAAUCAACUUCGGAAGCUUUUUGGAAGACCGAAAGGGUAUUUUUGAACCAGUAUUAUUGGGUAGACAUGUACUGGGUCCGUGGAAGAUGAUAGCAUACCCUUUAAAUGAAACGUCCUGGUUUUCGACGAUUGAACCACAAAAAGACGUUGUAUUACCAGCAUUUUAUAAAACCCAAUUUAAACUACCCGAUGGUUUAACAAAACCUUUGGAUACUUAUUUGGAUGUUACCGGUUGGAAAAAGGGCGUUGCUUUUGUGAAUGGAAUAAAUAUAGGGCGAUAUUGGCCAUCAGCUGGACCACAAAUAACUCUUUAUGUUCCAGCUACAUUUCUAAUUCCACAGCCGGGAUUAAACACCAUCGUCAUGUUGGAACUUGAAGGAGUUCCCGAGAACUUGUCAAUAUCGUUAACUGAUAAACCUAUUCUUUUUGGUCCUAUAAAUAUCUUGCAAACCAAUCAUUAA